UAAGCAGUGGUGCGGUGGUCUCUCUGCAUAAGCAACUGUGCGGUGGUCUCUCUGAAUUGUGAUUGGUCACUCGAUAUAUGUGGGGCCCUCCAACAUCAGGAACGUGCAAUUAAUCAUGUAGGCUAAUUGGGAAUCACGUGGACAUGACCGAGAGGGUUGGUUGGUGGUAGGAAGAAGAUGCUCCCUGGUCCUUUCUAUAUUGACCAAGUGUGAAAACUGACCAGGGGAGGAAUAAAGACGUGAUCCAACGCGGAGCAGGGCCCGAGACGUCCAGCCAAAAACACAGGGGGGACAGGGACUGAUAUAGGCUAAAGACAAGCGGGACCGAACAUGGCAGAAGGAGUCUGCAAGACCGAAGAGGAUGAAGGACCAAGCACCGAGGAGGACUCGGAAUCUUUCCACGGUGUUGGCGUAUGUAAAUGGUUCAACGUGCGCAUGGGCUUUGGGUUUUUGUCCAUGACCAACAGAGAGGGGGUCCCGCUCGAGUCUCCGGUCGAUGUGUUCGUCCAUCAGAGUAAGCUGCACAUGGAGGGCUUCCGCAGCUUGAAGGAGGGCGAGGCGGUCGAGUUCACUUUCAAGAAGUCAGCCAAAGGCCUGGAGUCCCAGAGAGUCACUGGGCCGGAGGGAACACACUGUGUGGGCAGCGAGAGGAGACCCAAAGGCAAGAGCGUCCAGAAACGCCGCUCCAAAGGAGAUAGGUGCUACAACUGCGGAGGCCUGGACCACCAUGCCAAGGAGUGCAAGUUGCCACCCCAGCCUAAGAAGUGCCAUUUCUGCCAGAGCAUUGCCCACAUGGUCGCCAACUGCCCAAUCAAAGCACAGCAGUCCUCGCCACGUUCUCAGGAAAAGCCCUCCUCCUUGAAAGGAGACGAGGAGGAACACGGCCACUCGCCCCCGUCCCCCGUGAGCUCCGAUUGAACGAGGAGACGCCGGAUGGAAGCUGGGUGAAGCACAGAAGCCAAUCAAACUGCUUUACUGGAAAGAUGGCCGCUAAGUUUCCUUUCAACUAUAUAAGAUGCUUUUGGAACUACCUCAGGUUUUUGUAAACAAAACGAUCAUGAAGAAAGAAUGUACUGAAGUUAAUAUUUUUUUGGUGUAACACUCACAAAUACAGCUGUAUUAUUAUAGCACUCAGGAAAUAUUUGUAAAAAUGUAUGGAACCGCUAAUGAGGGGUUUAAACUUGUAAUAAGUUAUGGCACAUCACAUAUUACUUUGAUGUCUUUAUAGAAUAGAAAGUUGUUUAUUUUUUACAGAGCAGAUAAUGAGAAACCAU